AUGGAACCUUUAUUGGUUAUUGUUUCAACUUUUAAUGCAAUUUUUAAAUUAGUUGUUAUUUCAGUUGCUGGAUUUUUAGCAACUUAUACAGCACAUUUUGAUGCAACAGUACGACGUGGAUAUUCUACUUUGGUUUUUCAAUACUUCGUUCCGGCAAUCAUUUUUACUCAAACAGCAACCUCAGUAGAACGUAUAAAUACUUUGGUGGAUUGGUGGUAUUUACCAAUAAGUGCAAUAUUAAUUAAUGGACUGGCUUUUCCAUCUAUUUUCUUUGUCGCAAAAAUAUUUAAAUUAGAUAGAUUAACAACAAGAGUAUUUGUUUAUGCUAUUUCUUUUGGAAAUACUAUGUAUAUACCACUAGCAUUAGUUGAUAGUAUUACUUCUGAAACUACUCUUUUUGGUUUAAAUGGAAAAGAUAGAGGUGGUGCAUAUAUUUGUACUUUUUUAUUAAUGUCUACUUUGAUUUACUGGGUAUUUGGAUAUUCAUUUAUUCAGAAAAAUCAAAUAGAAACAGAAAAUAUAGAAAAUAAUGAAAAUAUUGUUAUUACUACCACUCUUAACAACGAUAAUUUAAUAGAAGAAACUAAACAAAGUGAAGAUGUUAUUAAUACUUUUAAAUCAGUUCUUAAUGACAAACAACCUAAUGAAGAAUAUGAAAUGAAAGAUGAAAUAAAAAAUAAUGAAACUAAAGAAAAUGAAAGUAUUAAUAUUGACAAUAAAAAAAGUCAAAAUUCUUUUGAACUUUCUACAAAUGGCUCUUCUAAAAUAGAAGAACACAGUAUUAUUACUGACUCAGAAAUAGAUAGUAUUAACAUAAAUCAACCUUCUUCUUCAACAAAUUUCACAUAUUUCAAAUCAAUACAACAAUCUUGUAGAAGAAUUAUUAUUCAACUAAAGUCUAUUUGUUCAAUAGUAUUGUCUUAUAUCCCUCUUCCAAUUAAAAGAGGUAUUAAAAAUCUUUGUACCCCUCCAACUAUAGCAACAUUAUUAGGAAUUAUAUUAAUUUUAAUGUACCCUGUUAGAGACCUUUUGUUUAAUGAUGGUAAAUUAGCUAUUAUUGGUCGUUCAUUAAAGUAUUUAGGAAGUGCUGCAGUAAUAAGUGCAUUAUUUAUUUUAGGAGGUAAUCUUUCUACUGGUCCAAAAGGUGGUAAUAUAAAAUGGUAUGUUAUUGUUAUUGCUUUAUUUGUUAGAAUGGUUAUUGUACCAAUUAUUUGUAUUGGAAUUCAUUUUACAUUAUGGUGGUAUAAUAUUAUUCCAUCUGACCCUAUGUAUUUUUUUGUUGUAUGCAUUGAGUCUUGUACUCCACCAGCAUUAAAUAGUGCUAUUGUUGUUAAUAUUGUUUAUCCUAAAGGAAAUGAACAAUGUUCAUCAUUACUAUUUUGGGCAUAUUUAACAAGUUUACUUACCUUAUCUGUUGGAAUGAUUGGGACAUUACAACUAAUAAGUUAUAAAUGUUAA